AACACAAGUUUACAAUAAUCGAAAUCAGACGAGUCCGAGACUGAAACUGUGGCGUGGGUUUGCUGCGAUUGCUUUGAGGGAAACAACAAGUGAAGGAGUAAAGAAGAGGGGUUAAUGGCGGACACCACACAAGGUUCAUCGUCCUUCUGGGAUGGCUACAAAGAAUUUUGGUCACAGAGGUUUGCCUUUCUGGGCAACUAUUCCAAGUUUGUGAAGCGUGAGAAACCUGUCCGUUCCUGGUCUAGCUCUGAUGUUGAGGAGUUUAUUGCUUAUGAUCCGGUUCACGGACCCGUCCUGAAAACUGCUAGAGAAGCAGUGCAAUAUAGUGUCGCUGGAAGUGCUUUGGGAGCAGUAGUUACUGCAGGUGUUGCCUUGAAAUAUUCAAAGAGCUUACAUGGUGCUGGACUGUCUCUUUUAGCUGGAGGUAUAUUUGGGUGGACAUUUGGGCAUGAGGUUGCAAAUCAUGCACUUCAACUUUACAGGGUAGACACAUUGGCUGCUGAGGCUAAGUUUCUGGACUGGUGGAAAUUUAAGACUGAAGGAAGUGAUUAAAGCUGUUGGCUUCUGGGUGUUAAUGCUGCGUGCAUUUGUUACCGUUUCAUGGAAAUUGAGAAUAAUUUUUGUUGUUGCCUGUGGGAUUUGUGUCCUCUGAAUAAGUACUUUGAUGUGAUCAAGUUUUAGAACCAAUGCAUCAUAUGGCAAAACAGGUUGACUUUAUGACAUUUUUUCUGACUGUAUGUGGUGAUUUUUGUUA